AUGAAGUCAAAAUUUUUUAUCUCAUUUUCUGGCUUGCGGUGGGAGGGUACUAUAUUACCAAAUAUUUUUACAACUAACCCUUAUUGUUCUAUCCGUGACAUUCCCCUGCUCUCGCAUUGUUUCGCUCGCUCUCUAAAUGUCGGACGUUGAGGCAGUGCUACUUGCUGACGGAAUGGAGUGGUGGUGGUGGGGUGUUAUUUUAGCCCUUUUUUGAAAAGGUUCAUUUACCCCCUCAGGUGCAGAUGGUAGCAGCCUAAACGAUGGAUGGGGAACACCAGGAAGAGAAUCCUUUACACGAGAAAGGAAAUCCUCUACACAAUGAAGAGAAGACUUCAAGUGAUGUGGAGAAGACUUUAUAUGACAUGGAGAGAGCUUUAUGUGACAUAAAAAAGAGUGCUGAAGAGAACAGUUCAAGUGAUGAUAACAGUUCAGGUGAUGAGGUAGAAGAACAAAGACUGGAUUCAAACCUCCCAAGUGGUUCAGAUCCUCUUCCAUCUAAUGCAGAAAGCCCCUGCGAUAAUAGUGAAUCUGAGCCGUCCCCCCAAAAAGCAGCACAAGCUAAAAGAACUAGCCUCAAGAAGUUUGCGCCACGGAAAGGCACAAGGUCAAGCCUACGUACCAGCACAAAAUUGACAGUCAGUGCAUGUGAUACGACAGAUGAUGGUAAAAGAAAAUUUGACAAAAAGCACUUUUGCCUGUAUUGCAAUGAACCACACCACAACAUUGCAAGACAUUUAGAAAGGAUGCACACAGAAGAAGCAGCUGUUGGUCAUGCUAUCAGCUUCCCAAAACUCUCCAAAAUCAGGUCUCUGUUGCUUGACCAACUCCGUAACAAAGGCAACUAUCAACACAACUUUGAAGUUCUUCAAAGUGGAGAUGGGGAAAUUGUGAGAAAGUGUAGACCAUCUAAUGAUGGCAUUUCUGUGCGUGACUGCCUGCCCUGCCAACACUGCUUAGCUUUUUUCUCCAAAAUUGAUUUAUGGAAGCAUGAGAGCUCAUGUAAUGCCAGAAAAGGACAAGAUGAAACGAGGGGAGGAAAAAGAGUGAAGAUCCAGGCUGCGUCCUCUCAACUUGUUCCAUUGCCUGUCUAUUCUACUGGAGGAUAUGAAGAAAUAAUACACAAUAUGAAUCAAGAUGACAUCUCAUGCCACAUCAAAAAUGAUCCCCUCAUAUGUAAAUAUGGCAAUGCACUAUCUGCAAAGCAUGGUCAUGCCAAGUCACAGUUUACUUACAUUGGUUCAAAAAUGAGGGAAUUGGCUAGAUUUGUACUUGCUGUAAAUGAGAUGGACUGUGGUGUUCAAUAUCUGCAUGAAGUAUGUGUACCAUCCAAAUUCAAAUUGGCCGUUCAUGCUGCCAGGAAAAUGAGUGGUCAUGACCCUGCCUCAGACAGGUACAAGACCCCAUCUCUUGCUUUAAAGAUUGGCUAUUCCUUGAAAAGAGCUACCGAAAUAGCUUUUGGGGAGAGUCGUAUGACAGAGGACCGUGAGGCAGAGGAACAAGCCAAAAGGUUUAUUGAACUUCUUGAAAACGAUUGGAAUAACUGUUUUUCCGGUCUAUCCCUCAGCGCUGUCCCUCAGUGUGAUGAAGUUGAUGUAUCUUCACUAACUGAGGAUUUGAUCAAACUUCAGAAGUUUCUCAAGGUUGCAGAGGACACAGCGAAGAAAGAAUUGCUGGAGAACCCCACCAACACUGUCUGGAAAAAGCUCAAUGAAACUCUUCUUGCAGAAAUAGCUCUCUUCAACAGAAAGAGGACAGGGGAAGUUGCGAAAAUGCUGUUGGAAACGUACACAAACAGGAAGAAAGCUCCAGCUAGUGCAGACAUUUUCAAUAACCUCUCAAGGCUGGAGCAGGAGCUUGGAGAUGACAAAUUAACCAGGUUGGAAAUAGAAGGCAAAAAUGGUAGGAAAAUGCCAGUCCUACUAACGGAGAGGAUGAUCUCAUCUCUUGAGAUCCUUAUUGCAAACAGAGACAAAGUUGGUGUGUCAAAGGACAACCCUUAUGUCUUUGCACGUAGCCUGGAUGCAGCAAGCUACAUCAGAGGGUUUGACUGUCUGAGGAAGUGUGCACAUGAGUGUGAUGCAAAGAAUCCUGAAAGUCUGAUGCAUGUGACAGUGAGGAAAGAGGUUGCUAUCCAUUGCCAACUACUAAACUUGAAUGAAAGUGAAUUGGAUCAGGUGGCAAAGUUAUUGGGACAUGACACCCAGGUCCAUAAAGAGUACUACAUGCUCUCUGAAAAUGCAGCACAUCUAGCAGAAAUCAGCAAACUGCUGCUUGCAAUGGAUCAGGUUCCAGUGGUAAUUCCAGGGCCAUCUGAGGAAAGGGUUGUUUCUCCUACAUAUGGGACAUCUUCUGCAGGGACAGAUACUGGAAGGACAUAUCCUACCGAGACAUGUCCUACUAGGUCAUCAUAUCCUACAGAGACAUAUUCAGCGAAGUCAUAUACUGUGGAGGCACAGCCUUCAAGGUCAUAUCAUUCUGGGACAUAUCCUGAGAAGUCAUAUCCUUCAGGAUCACAUUCUGCAAGGUCAUAUUCUGCAGGGACAGAUUCUGCGAGAGCAUAUCCUACCGUGACACAUCCUGCAGGGACCGAUCCAGCAGCUUCAUAUGUUGCAGGGACAUAUACUGCAGGGACUCAUCAUGCAAGAUCAUAUCCUGCAAGUCCUUAUGGCCUUUCAUCUCCUGCAACAUCAUAUGCUUCGGGAACUAAUCCUGCAAGGUCAUAUCCUGCAGGAACAUAUCCUGCACAAACACUUCCAGCACAUACAGUUAUUACGCCAACACUUCAUGCACAGACACUUCCAACGCAGAAACUUCCUGUCAGGACAGUUCCUGCGAGGACAAGUCCUGUAAGGCCGUGGAGUGAUGCGGCUAAGGCUGCGGUAAAGCGUCAGUUGGGACACUUUAUCUCAAUGAUGAAGGUUCCAGGUAAACGGGACUGUGAAGUAUGCCUCCACAAUGAACCAGCUGUACGAGACAGGACUUGGAGAGACAUCAAAAACUAUGUGCACAACACAGUAAAAUCUAUUAAAAGGAAGAAGGGCCUUACAGGAGUGGACCCCAGAAAAUGGACAAAGAAAGAAUCUGCAAAGAUUGCCAAGGAAGAGGUUGGUGGAACAAGGACUGUACCUGCACAGGGUGAAGACGAGAGACUAGAGGCAGGUCAUGUUGCUGUGACAACACAAAGGAAGCAGAAGAUAUGGAGUGAUGAGGCUCAGGCUGCGGUCAGGCGGCAGCUAGGAGACUUCACUAAACUGAUGAAGAUUCCAGGUAAAACAGAAUGUGAUGCAUGCAUUGCAGCUGAACCAGUUCUACAAGGCAGGACAUGGAAAGAUGUAAAAAACUAUGUGCAUAACACAUUAAUGACAAUGUGCAGGAGGCAUAUUUCAGGCAAGCAAAACAUGGACCAUGAAAAACAAAGUCCAGGGACACAGAAACCAGGGAUGCAACAGAAACCAAAGGUGCCGUUGGGACUUCCAGAAGAUCUUCCUGUUUAUCUGUACUUAUGAUUUCUUUGAACUAGUUUCAACACUUUUGAUUUAAUCUGACCAUCUUUGCUCUCUCUGAUCUGACAUUGUAAAGCAAUAAUUACGUAGCAUUUUUAUAAUGUCACAACCUACUUUUUUCUACCUACGUAUCCGUUAGGCCUGGGAAUUGCUAGGGACCUAACAAUACGAUUUUAUCACAAUACUUUGGUGCCAAUACUA